GGAGCGGAGGCUCGCGGCCAGCGCGGCGGCGCCCAGUGGCCGGCGCGGCGCACUCCCCCUGUCCCGGGCGCCGAGUGCGCCCCUCCCCCGGCCCGCCGCAACUCCGGGCGGAGCGCGCGAGCUGCGCGGCCCCGGGCGUUCUCCGUGAGCCUGGCCCCUGGCGACCGGGCUCCCGUGGCCGCGUGCUGGAGGAGGCUGGGGCCCCGUCGGGAAGAAUGGAGUUGGCGACUCGCGCCCAGAUCCCCAAAGAAGUGGCUGACAUCUUUAACGCCCCCAGUGAUGAUGAAGAGUUUGUCGGUUUCCGAGAUGAUGUUCCCAUGGAAACCCUCUCAUCAGAGGAGAGCUGCGAUAGUUUUGACUCACUGGAGUCAGGGAAACAGCAGGAUGUGCGAUUCCAUCCCAAAUACUUUACAGAAGAGCUGAGAAGAAUUUUUAUAGAGGACACUGACUCAGAGACAGAGGAUUUUGAAGGAUUUACGCAGAGUGAUCUGAAUGUGAACAGUAACCCAGAAGUGAUGCUCAUGGAGUCAGAUUUGAGCGAUGACAGUAAAGCCUCUUUAGGGAGUGAGGAAGAGGAAGAUGAGGAAGAAGAGAAGGCUAGCCCCAGAAGGAGCAGGCGUAGAAGCAGCAGCAUUGGUCUUCGGGUAGCCUUUCAGUUCCCUACCAAGAAACUGGCAAAAAAAUCAGAUAAAAACAAUGCUUCUGAGCCGCUGUUUUCCAGCUCACACUUACAGGACAAUAAAAAAGCAAUUCUUGGAAGAAAGAAAAGCUGCAGACGGGGGAAGGAAAGGGACGAUUCUGCCUCUGAGUCUGGCGACGACUCCAGGGAUGAGGGCCAGGAGAGCUCAGAUGCUCUGCUGAAAAGGACCAUGAACAUCAAGGAGAACAAGGCCAUGCUUGCUCAGUUAUUGGCAGAAUUGAACUCGAUGCCAGAUUUCUUCCCAGUACGAACCCCGAGCUCGGCUUCUAAGAGAACAGCGAGGCGGGCCUUCUCGGAGGGACCGACCACGCGGCGCACGAACCCGGCCCGGAGCGCCCGGCCUCCCGAGAAGUUUGCUCUGGAGAACUUCACUGUCUCAGCUGCCAAGUUUGCAGAAGAGUUUUACAGUUUCCGAAGAAGGAAGACCAUUAGUGGGGGGAAGUGCCAGGGCUCUCGACGGCGUCACCGUCUGUCUUCUUUUCGCCCCGUGGAGGAUAUCACUGAAGAGGACUUAGAAAAUGUUGCCAUAACUGUUCGAGAUAAAAUCUAUGAUAAAGUUCUGGGUAACACUUGCCAUCAGUGUCGGCAGAAGACCAUCGACACCAAGACAGUGUGUCGGAACCAGAGCUGCGGCGGGGUGCGAGGGCAGUUUUGUGGGCCGUGCCUGCGGAAUCGCUAUGGCGAGGACGUGCGGUCAGCACUGCUGGACCCGGAUUGGAUGUGUCCUCCCUGCCGGGGGAUCUGCAAUUGCAGUUACUGUCGGAAGCGUGAUGGCCGCUGUGCCACGGGGAUCCUCAUUCAUCUGGCCAAGUUUUAUGGUUAUAAUAACGUUAAGGAGUAUCUGGAGAGUCUACAGAAGCGGCUGGUGGAGGACAAUUAAGAGAAGGAAGAACCAGCCAGCUCGCCAGAGAGUACCGUUUGUGCCUGAGAUUUCUUAGUCGUGUUUUUAUACAGAAAUUCAUUCUAGAUCUAAAUACUAUUUUUUUAAAGAUUGUUUAUAUGCUUAAAAAGAUUUCUCAGGAAGACAGCAAAGCAGAGGAAUCUAUAUCCAUGUAUACGCAGGCCUGUUUGUAGUUGUUAAAAGCAUCUGCAGAUGAUUACAAAGCACGGUUUAAAUGGGGUGGAGUUUAAAGUUCAGGUAAGUAAGUUCUGCAAAAGCAUUGUGUAGGCAGCUCUGGCCUUCGACCCUGUUUGAUUAUCCCUGUUGCCUAGAUCUUUUACCUCCCAGACAGUAACUCCAGGUGGAGUUUUUACAGGGGUUAUAUCCCCUUCAGUUUCCCAAGUGACCAUGUUCAAACCAUGUCGUUUAACCUGCUCUGGGUCAUUGGAAACUUAUAUUGAAGAAGGUUCCUCGAAAUUACAAAGUGCAAUUAACCACAGAACUUGAGAAUAUUAGAGUUUUAUUCAAACUUGAAUGAACAAAAAGUGGACUGUCACUUCACUGACACUGGAGGCCUCAGAGCAAUGCUGGCCGGCAGGAGUGUCCCCCUCUUCCUUCAGGAUUCAUCUGCUGCCUGGAGCCACUUGCUUCUAUAUUUUGAAAGCGUGUAGGCCUAAAAGAUUUUGUUUACAAAAACUCAAAUCGCACUUACUAACUGGGAGACCUCCAGUCACAUUGUUUUUGAGGAACUGAUUCUGAAUAAGUUUCCAGUAAUUUCUUCUACAUUUCUUUCUUUCUCUCCCCAUUCUCCACUUUUUAAGGAUGGUGUUAAAAAAAAAAGAUGACUGGAUAUGUAAGUUACUUAAAGGUUUUGGAAUGUGUUUUAUGCCUUUCAGUAGAAUAAAUGUGCA